UUCACCAAACUACUCGGAGCUCCAAGGCCGAAAACCCUUCCACUGACAACGUACAGAGCAUCCUACGGGUAGCGGGCUCCUUUCAUCAGAACUCCCCGGAGAUCAUUUAUCCCGUCCCUCCGCGGAUUAGCCAUCGUUCCGGACGAAACGUCGACGGAGGGCGAAUCGUAGUCUCAUCAGUCAGUGAGUGAGCGAUGACCACCUCCACGGGAAGGCCGAGGCCAUUCCUGAACGGGGUCUUCAGAACAGCCUGCAACUACUGCGUGAGUAGCAAGCGGGGUUGCAGCGGCGGGGAGCCGUGUGACCAGUGCGAGAAGAGGGGCAAGCCCUGCAUCUACGCGCAGCGCCGUAAGAGCGGACCCCGCAGCCGUCCGGCCUCCGGCCGCUCGAGUAAGGGCCGUUCCCGCACCAAGGCUCGACGAGAGAGCCGCGCCGCCGCCGCCGCCGCUGCCGCCGCCGCUGCCGCCGCUCCGGUUGAGUCUCCGUCGCCGGUCAUUGCGAGGUCUCCUCCGUCCCCUGCUGCUUCCGGGCUUGCAGGAGAGGACAGGGUGGGCGUGGUUUCUGGGUCUUGGGACGGCGGCGAGGCGGCGGCGGAGGUAACGGAGGUCGAGCGGCGCCGCGGCAGCAUCGGCGAGGACGCCUGGGAGAGGGAGCGGCGGAGGCUGGGCUUCACCACCCACGACGACAGCCACCACCACCUACAGCAGGAGCAACAGCAGCAAUCGCCCUACUAUCAGCCCGCCGGGGGGAAGCGGAAGCCCCCCGCCCUCGUCAUCCCGCGGCCCCACCGGACUGACCCCGGUUCGACCACGAGCCCCCUCCUCGUGAGGUCAUCGCCGGCGCCGCCGGCGCCCCCGUCGGGAAGGCUCGAGGUGCCGCUGCCGCCUCGGUCGGCUCACGUUCUGUCGCCGCCGCAGGAGGGAACGGCAGGGAGCUUCGGGGGCUCCCCCUCUUGUUGUUCCUCCUCCUCGACCCCCUCCCCGUUCUUCACCAGACAGGCGCCAUCCUCUCAGCCGAGCGACGACGGGAACAACAAGCGGACGAGGGUGUCGUCGCUCACCUCGCCCGCCCCGCGGACUUCCCUCGCAUCUCCCCCGCCGCUCUCCCUGACGCCCUCAUCCUCCUGCUCGGCCCUGCCUCCCCGAGGCUGCAUCCCGUCCGUCCUGGCUUCGAGGUGCACGUCCGUAGACGGUGGCGGUGGCGGCGGCGGCGGCGGCGGCAGCCUAGGUCCCGUUCGCGGCGGGCGAUCGGCUGCUGCCGCCUCUUCUUCCGCGGGAGGUUGUUCUCAAUCAUGGUCUAGAACGGCCCCGGAGUCGCAAUCGCUUUCGCCGUCGUCUUCGAGCCGCGGCCGCGAUUCCGGUCAAAUCGUCUUCAGUGCCGCCUCGGAGAGGGGUGGGUGGGUGAAGGCUGAAGCUGCGGCGCCCCACCCGGUGUUGUACAGCGUGUCUUCGGGCUCGGCCAUGUCGCUGCCGGAGUCGAGCGCCGGCGAAGGGUCUGCGGGGAUGGAGGCGUCGUCAUCAAACGCCAGGGUGGGGUCGUCUUGGGCCGCCACCGCUGCCGCCGCCGCCACCGCCGCUUUGCCACGCCUGGGUACGGGUUAUGCCGGGGAAGACUUCGAUGACAUGAAGACGUUGUACGAGCCGCUGCUGCUUCAGAAGGAGGAGGACAAGCGCCGCCAGCUCCGCGAGGAGCGCCGGUGGGAGCAGGAGCGGGAGCAGCAAAGGGAAGAGCUCGAGAAUGAGCGGCUCCUUCGGAGCCACCAGGAGGAGCAGCAGCAGCAGCACCUGCGCCGAGACCAGCUGCUGUCGAGGCGCCAGAUGUCCCUGGGGGCCCUGCUGAUGGCCGACGACGACGAGCUCGGCGAGUCGUUCAAGCAGUGCCACAUCACUGACGACAGCAACGGCCCGUCGGGAAGCCACAUCACGGACGACAGCAACGGCCGAUCGAGGAGCGUGUCCGGCGGCCUGGUUCCCGUGGAAGCCCUGCGCCGCGUUGUUAGUGACACCGCCCAGUCAUCAGCGCCGGCUUCGGCUUCGCUGGCGCGAACCAUCUCUCCCGCCGAAUUGCCACGCGGCGGCCCGGGCGGUAUGGAGGACUGCGCUUCAUCUUCGUCUACUUCCACCGCCUGGUACGCCGAGGGGGGGCGCGGCGGCGCAGGCGGCGGCGCCGGCGGGAUGCAGCUUGAGGCAGGGGAUGGGGACAAGAGUUUAUCGCUGCGGCCGCCGUCCCCGCCGCACCGCCGGGUCUCGGGCAUGACAGAGGAGGCCCUGCCGUUGUCGCCUUGGGGAGAUUGCGGGGCGCCGGUGGCGGCGGCAGCAGAAGGGUCGUGGGGGCGAGGGCAACCGCUUGUUCCCCGCGCCUUGCCGAACGGCAAGGCCGAGGCGGCGACCGCUCGGCCGGACUGCGCGGCCCUGGCGAACAUGCGCACGCCGCUAACCCGCGAGGCUUCCCUCAUGCGAGCCGUGGAGGCGUCUGCCGCGACCUCCGGCGGCUAUGGCGGCGGCAAGCAGGUGAUGAUCCUCGAGAACGGCGGCAUGAACGACAUCCGCGCCCCUCUGCUCCGGGAGGCCUCACUCAUGCGGGCCAUGGAGGCCGUGAACUCCUUCACCACCGGGGAUGACGGAGGCGUCGGCGACUGCGGGGAAGACACGGCUGCGGCUGCGGCGGAACUCAUCUCCAGCGCCGGUGGCGCAGACGACGAUCUCGGAGACGUAUUCUGCGAGACUUCGGCGGCGGCGCUCGCUGCCUCCACGUGGUGAAAGGACCCCCCCCUGCGCGCGCUCUCUCUCUCUUUUCUUGUACUGUGUUGUUUGAGCAGCGUGUUCCUGUCGUCUCGUGCGCCUGCUAUCGGUCGUUUCACGAUCUUGUCUUUUUUUUCUUGUGGGAAUUUCUCGCCGCUGUAGGCAGCGGUUAGAAGACGGCUGUCACUAAGUAGUUGAGUAGGUGGUUGUCAUUCAACACCGUGUUUUGUUGGGCGUGUAUCGUUUGUCUUGGUCCUUCGCUGUUGCUGUUGCUGUUGCUGAGCUCGGCCUGAAGGCCUGGGUAUGUAUAUCCCUGUCAAGGUUUUAGUCAAUUUUCUUAGCUGACGGAUAGGGUUCCACAUCCAUCUCCGUUGUUGUUGUGGGCAGUUCUCUGCGAGGUGGUACUCUGUCUGAAUGUUUUGUGUUUUUCGAUGGUUGGGGGUAAAUAGGCUUGAGGUUAGAGUCUACUCUACGAAGGAGAUGUGUGCAGCUGGUCCGGCGGCAACUGGGAGGCAAACCGAACCUGUACAAAUUCAAGGAAUGCCACCCGUCGCUGGAGCCAUCCGCGGGAGCCACAACCUGAACCGUCCGUGAGCGCGAGCAGUUGUUUUCGUCGGUUUUCUUUGUUUCAAGUCCGUGUGCGACUUUCGUGCUUCGUGAACCAGUAUAUAAUACUGUUGUCUCUUGUCCACAGACGUUAUUUUUUUUUGUGUGUGUUUCUUAACAUGCAUGUCGGGUUCGGUAUUGUUUGCUCGGCGUCGUCCCGGGCGUACUACAUGAACCAUAUUAUGUGCAGUGCGCGCCAGGCUUUGUUUCCGUCGGUGUUUCGAGCCACUCAAAGGUGUUCAGUUGGUGCGUGUUACGGAGGUAUAUGCACUGCCCGCGCUGGCCGGUAGCGUUGCAGUACCCAGUUUCCUGUCGAUGCUCUUAUUAGCCGGCCAGGCAGGGUGGCAGACAGGGUGGUUUACAGUUCGGCCCACUACCAUGAGCGAUACCGUGGCCAUGGCGCCUGGCCGGCGUCCUACUUCGAUCGAGUUAGCUUCGAGAUGGUUGUACGAGUUGGUGUCAAGUUGAUAGGGGUGCGUGUUGGGUGUUGGUGGAACCCGCUCGAAAGCUGCUUGGCCUCUAGGUGGUUGUGGUGACGUACGUGAACGCUUGGUCAGUCAAUGUUUCAGGCCGGUCGCUGCUGUUUAGGUCGAGCUACUGUUGUUGUGCGUUGGGGUGUGACGGAGUGAGCAAACAUUUUUGAAUUAAUGUGCGCGAUCAACCAGCGUCGGUCCCCUUGCUAGCGCCGCCUGUCCCGUGUCCCCCCUUCUUUUUUGUCGGUGGUUUUUGUUCUGCUUGGUGUGGCGGUCAGAGUUGGGAUCAUUUGGCCUAUAUACUCGUCCAGAUUGUUGUCAACCAGAAAUGUGCGUCUUUACUGAGGCCACAUGAUGUAUUUUUGAUGGAUUGUGCUUUAUAGUCUACUAUAGCAGAUGAUAUGUAGCCGUUGUCAUGCACGCGUCAGCACCACCGGUAGUUUGGCCGUUCGCCACCGACGGACGCCUUUUGUUCGAUAAAAUAUGUUUCGGUUUCUGCGUGGCGGUCGUCGUGCUACUGGCGGCUUUACCGUAGCACGAUAGCUGGGAACUUUCUCGACCGCGAAUGCAUGCAUGCAGGCCGACGUUGCGCUCGUAGCAUGUUUCCCUGCCGACAGACAACUUCCCAAGGGGGGUCUCGGGAGGGAAAUUUCGUGCGGCGUGCAUGUUGACACAAGCUAUGUAGCAUGUUGGGCGCUAUAUAAUAUGCCGAUGUCGGUUCUUCCAAAUUUUGCAGCGAACCCCGGGUUGACUAGAAAGACUCGAAGGCAGUAGUGUAGUCUAGAGGCAGUAGUGUAGGCUAGUGGUGUUGGCUUUGCGUUUGCGUCUGUACUUAGUGAAAGCAGCGACAUGUCAAAUGACUUCACGGGGGGGCUGGCUGCUGGUGACAAAUAGCAUGUGCUCUAGAAGAUGUGGAUCGUUCAACGGGUGUAGGUAACUAUUCGAGACAGCAGUUGAGCUGUUGCGUGCAAGUGCGUGCGAUGUGUGCGAGAAAACGAUCGCGAUCAGUGCGAUUCUAGUGGAAUCAACUUAGUUGCUGAUGCUGCUGCCUGCCACGUCUCUCAGCAAUCAGCGAAAACAAAACCAAGCUUCUGAGUCUGGCACAUUUUUCCGGUAGAUUUUUUUGGCGUCAACGGAUCGCCCACGCGGCAGCAAGAAAAAAAAUUUCCCA